AUGUUUCUCAUAUUUUAUCUUGUGAUUUCAAUUAAUUUGUGCAUCGCGCAAAAACAAAAUUUUCUCUUGAUAAUCAUUGACGAUUUGAGAACAUCUUUGGGGUGUUACGGCGACGCAAAAGCUUAUACACCGAAUAUAGACCGAUUAGCUCGGGAGUCUGCCAUUUUUUCCCAAACAUUUGUUCAGCAAGCUUUAUGUGCACCAAGUAGAAAUUCAUUUCUAACAAGUAGAAGGCCAGAUACGCUCAAACUUUACGACUUUUAUAGUUACUGGCGAAGAGAUGUUGGCAAUUUUACAACAUUGCCGCAACAUUUUAAAAAUAACGGAUACAUUACUAAAUCUAUAGGAAAAGUUUUUCAUCCAGGAAUUAGUUCGAACUAUUCCGACGAUAGCCCUUACUCGUGGACAGAAAUACCUUUUCAUCCGUAUACAGAAAGAUAUAAAGAUGCUCCAGUUUGUCAACCAAAUUUGCGAUUACUACCUGCACAAAAUCUUAUAUGUCCAGUUAAAAUUUCAUCAAUGCCAAAUAAAACAUUGCCAGACAUAGAAAUACUUAAAGAAGCUAAACGUUUUAUACAAGACCAAGCAAGGAGCCCUAAACCUUUUUUUUUGGCAGUUGGGUUUCAAAAACCACACAUACCUUUUAAAUACCCUAAAAAAUAUCUAAAAUAUCAUCCGCUACAUAAAUUUGAGGUACCCACUCCGUAUAAAUGGCCAAAGGACAUUAGUAGCAUUGCUUAUAAUCCAUGGAUAGAUUUGAGAAAAAGAAAAGACAUAGAAGCUUUGAAUCUUAAAUUUCCAUGGGAAAAAAUACCAAGAUCUUUUGGCAAAUUAAUUAUACAAUCCUAUUAUGCAACUGUAACUUAUAUCGACAAACUAAUUGGUAAACUAAUAAAUCAAUUGGAAAUUUUAUCUAUUCGACAAAAUACUACUAUAAUAUUAACGUCUGAUCAUGGAUGGUCAUUAGGAGAACAUGCGGUAUGGGCAAAAUAUAGUAAUUUCGACGUUGCGCUAAGAGUACCUCUAAUAAUAUCGAUUCCAGGACUUAUAUUAAAUACAAAACAUCUAAGAAAAAACAAUUCUCUGGAAGAACAUUUCCUGUAUUCCAAGAGAAAACUGAAAAAUAUGCAAAGUAAAUAUGGUAUCUUUGAUGCACUCGGAAAGCAAAUAAUUAUAGAUUCGGUGGUGGAAUUAGUUGAUCUAUUUCCAACCAUCGCAGAUUUAGCAAACAUUUCGAUACCUAUUUGUUCGAAUGAGAAGAAUUUUCCUCGUACAGAAACAAUUUGUAGCGAAGGAAUUUCUCUUAUGCCACUUGUAAGAGCUGCUUUAAACGAAGAGGUAACGACCCUAACAUGGAAAAAAGCGGCCUUUGGACAGUAUCCAAGACCAAGUGUCGAACCUUCGAUAAAUCCAAACAGCGAUGAACCACGUUUGAAACAGAUUAAAGCUAUGGGAUAUACUCUCAGGUCAAAUAGAUAUCGUUAUACUGCUUGGCUACCGUUUAAACCUGAAACGAAAGCACCAGAUUGGAAUAACGUUAUAGCAGAGGAAUUGUACGAUCACGAAAAAUAUGAGUCUGAAAUUCGAAAUGUCGCAAAUUCGCUAAAAUACGAACAUAUAAAAAAAGAAUUAAAAAUUUUGCUGCAACGUGGCUGGAGAAGCGCUUUACCUGAAAUGUUCAAGUAUUAAAUUAUUUUUCGAUUUCUU